UCUACUGCUUCGCGGACCGCUAUCCACCAUGGGGGCCGAACAAAGUGGAGACUCAGAGCACAAGCACUCGGAUUACAGUUCAUCAGUGGUGCCCUCCCCAGCGAAACAAAAGGCAAAGAUGGAUGACAUUGUAGUGGUGGCCCAAGGAACACAGGCAAUGCGUAACAUCCACAAUGACCCAGAUGUCAUCAAACUUCAGGAAAUCCCCACCUUUCAGCCACUUUUGAAAGGGGUGCUGAGUGGCCAGACGUCUCCCAGCAGUGUGUGUUUAGAGAGACUGGACUCGGCCCAGGUGCUGCAGCUUUGUAUCCGCUACCAGGACCACCUGCACCAGUGUGCCGAGGCUGUGGCCUUUGACCAGAAUGCCCUUGUGAAGAGGAUCAAAGAGAUGGACCUGUCGGUGGAGACCUUGUUCAGCAUCAUGCAGGACCGGCAAAAGCGCUAUGCCAAGUAUGCAGAGCAGAUCCAGAAGGUCAAUGAGAUGUCCAUGAUCCUGCGGCGCAUCCAGAUGGGCAUCGAUCAGACUGUGCCACUGAUGGAGCGCCUCAACAACCUGCUGCCUGAGGGUGAGCGACUGGAGGCUUUCAGCAUGAGGCCUGACUCGGAGCUUGCUACCAAGUAGCCUGUCUGCCACACUGCUGGUUCCUACCUAGACCUGAGUUUCUCAUGUCUUCAUCCCCGUCCUCCCGUCAGAGAAAUGGGCAGGCCUCCAAAGAUGUAGCGAUUGAAUCACAUACAAGCAUAACGCACAAAUACAAGUUGCUUUCUUUCUUUGUUUUUCUGUUUUUACUCUACAUGAACGAAAACAGUGUCUGUAAAAAAAUUGAUGACAGAUGCAGAUCCUUUCAACUCCUCAUACCAGGAGCGCUUCUUUAUGCAGCAAACAUUCACCCCUGGGCACUACCCAGUACAACCGCAGUCUUCUACAGUUGCGACAGUUGCUACUUCUACAGUUGCCUCAAUAGAAGUGGUAAAAGGGCCUCACUCAAGGGCACAUCAUCUGUAGCUGUUGUGGUAGGUGAGAGCUUUGAUUUUUCCCACAUGGGCUUGUGAAUUUGAACUUGCUACCUUCUUGUUGCAGGCUGCCUUUUCUGACCUUUGCGCUACAAAUAUAACCAAACUUGAUGGACUUAAUUCUAAAACUCUUGUCCUGAAGCCACAUAGUGGAUUUAAGAGGGUCACAUGAAUGAGGGAGGCAUGGAGGAAUUUCACCAGCACCUCUCACUGAUCUGCUUUAUACUAAG